GGGGCCGGACGCAGAGAGGGGGCGCGUGGCUGUCGGCGGGGACGCACCCACUCAGUAGCUGUGUCGCCGGCUGCCGCGGGGCCUGGUUAGUGAGGCUGCGCGGGUCCGACUGCCGGCUGGAGGACUGCAGGACCGCCCUCUGUUGCCUAGGCUGCCGGUGAAUUCAGAGUCAUCCCCCUGCUUCAGUUUGCCGAGAGCUGGGAUUACAGGUGUACUUGGUCACCAUGAAGCCCCUGCACCCAGCCCUCCCUGGCUGCCUCCUCUUGGUGCUGUUUGGUAUAUGGAGGAUGGUCCCCCAGACUCACGCCUCCUCCGCUGCCAUGCCAGCCCUCAGCGCCACCUCUUUCCUGGAAAAUCUCAUGAACCGCUAUGGGGAGAAUGACAGCCUUACCCUGCCACAGCUGAAGGCCUUGCUCAACCACCUGGAUGUGGGAGUAGGCCGGGAUAAUGCUACCCAACCCAGGGAAGGACACAGGAACCUCUCCACGUGCUUUAGCUCGGGAGACCUCUUUGCUGCCCACAAUUUCAGUGAGCGGUCUCAGAUCGGGAUGAGUGAGUUUCGGGAGUUCUGCCCCACCAUUCUCCAGCAGUUGGACUCCAGGGCUUGCACCUCAGAAAACCAGGAGAACGAGGAAAACGAGCAGACAGAGGAGGGGAAGCCUAGCGCCGUUGAAGUGUGGGGCUUUGGGUUCCUCAGUGUCUCACUGAUUAACCUGGCCUCUCUCCUGGGAGUCCUGGUCCUGCCGUGCACGGAGAAAGCGUUUUUCAGCCGUGUGCUCACUUACUUCAUCGCCCUGUCCAUUGGAACGCUGCUCUCUAACGCACUCUUCCAGCUCAUCCCAGAGGUGCAGUAGAACAGACGCGCGUUCACCUUUCCCGGGCCGCCCCAGCCGAGCCCUCCUCUGGCUGACAUCCUCCCUCUGUGCUCUAAGGCUCCCAAUAACUGCCGCCCCAGACAAUGAAUCUACUGUUCAUAUCAGGGGGUCCAAUACCUUCUCUCCUUCCUCUGCUCACUCAGGUUGGCCUCUGGCCUCUUCGGGGUGACAUCGGAUGCAAGGUUCUUAACAUUUGUGCCCCCCCUCUUGGGGAAUCUCCUUUGGCUGCACACCAGAACCCCCAUUUAUAGGCAUCCAAAGGAAAGUUGCAGUUCGUGGGGGGCGGUGUCCAAGGCAGGCCCUGUAUCCUAAGGGAAAUCGUGGGGGUUGCUCAUAUGUGGACUCCAUUUGAUCGUCCACGAGAAAUGAGGCGGGAGGAAGCGGGGGUUACAGCGGCGGUGUGGAGAACUGGCCUCAAAAGCGUGAGCCCCGAUUUUUAAUCAAGGCAGCUGUGGCAGCACUUGGAAAUCUGAGGCAGGAGGAUCACAGCUUUUGGGCAACUUAGCAAAUAUGUUGUUCCCACCAAAAUAAAUGCGAUACACGAGAGGGAAGCUCAAUCGUUGGUACCUUGCAUCUUGAUCUUUCCCUGACAGGUCUGACUUCCUGGUAACUCACCCACUGUUUUUAAAUGUCCAGUAAUUUUGUUUUGUUAAUUGUCAUCACUGAGGAGCUGCAAAAAUGAGACCCAAGUUGACAGUCUGCCCUUUUUCAGCCCAGUCACAUGCUACUCUUGGAGAACUAGUAUGUAGCUACCUGGUUGACCCCUUUGGUGGCGUGAAGGCGUUCAUAAAAACUCAUGUCAUUGGCUUCCCAGCUCUCCUCAACCGAGAGACUGACCCAGGAAAGCUUCCCUAUGAGGUGUCAUGCCCCACCCACCUCCUCCUUCUACACGAGGGAAGCACUGAAUUAAGGUCAGCUCCCUUAACAGUUUCAACACUUGACGUGGACCUAGGAAGUUCUUCCCAUGGGAGACCUCAUCUUGGGCUAUUUUUUUUCAGCUCCAGCCAUUGAAUUUACUAAUUGUUUUUAAGGAUUUGAAGUGACACGAUUCAUUGCCCGUUCGGCCGGCACUAUUGCCACUGUCCGGGUUGCGCCCUUCGGGUCGCACGAGGGUUGCCAUCCUGGUACGGUUUUGUGCUGCCCCCUCCUGAGGGCUGAGCUCACAACCCAGAAUGUGUCACCUUUGGAAAAUGCCUUUGAAAUAGAUUUCGAUGAUGGGUUGGCCUUGGAACUCCGCUUUCUACACCGGAUCCCUCCCAGAGCACAUAGAAACAGACAGACACGACUGUUCAGAAGCCACACCUGAUGGGCACCAAGCCUUACCUGUCCCGCCCUGCACGUGACUUUGUUACACCUUCCCCAGACCACCCCAUCCGUGGGCAGCGUCACGUGUGCCUCCGCGACGUGGCUUCAGUAUGCAGAAGCAAAGUCAGCGACACCCCAAACAUCUUCUUCCCAUUUGCCCUCGUGCCCUGGUAAAAGACCUUGAGUUCACAGUCUGUGCUGGUCCUGGGCACGCGGUGUGUGUGAUGAGGCCACAUCCCGCCCUGUUUGCCAGUCACACCAGCUGGUGGGUAUGACCCAGCCACCUCAGGAGCAGGGACAGUAGUCACAGGGUUCCAAGGCCACCUCAAAUUCCUCCUCAUACCCUCCUGCAAUGAUUGAAGGAAAUUGCAUCAGGCUCGAAUCACUAACAAGUUUCCUGUUUCUCUCUCCCUCCCUACUUGUCUCUGGUUUUUCUUUUCGGGUUCCUUCGUUAAUACCCACAACUCUCCUCUCCACCUCCUUUCCCCCUAACGGUGGUUGCCUUGCUCCCUGUCCUGGGUGGGC